GCUCAGUUGCACGGCUAUACAUAUAGGUAUACUUUCCCGGGUGAUGUGGAAUGGUACAUGUCUACUUUUACUGAUGGACUGAUGGUACAACCUUACGUGGUGUACCUAUAUCUAUAUACCGCGCAGCGUAUCACUACCACCUCUGUGUGUAGUUGUACUACCACCGCAACGUUGAGAAAGUAAAGAAAUAAUUGAAAAAAACAAGUGAAGGUCGCCGAAAUCGUCAUCAUCGUCGUGAUCGCGGUACAUCAGCGCUAUCACCAGGAAAAAGUUGAGGUCGAGCCGACGACGACGCGCAGUGUCUCGGGUAGCGGUCCGCCAAACAUACUCGCCCCAUCCGGACAACUCUUGCACGCGGCGGCAGCAGCAGCUUCAUCAUCCACCGCCUCCGCCGCCUCCCUUGCUGUUGCAACUUGCAAACAAUUUUAUUGGUUAGGUGUGUAUAUACUUACCAUUUCGCGGGUAAAGGCAAAGCUAUCCGCAAAUUGAACUAGUGAGUGCAUUUUUAGUGCUUUCUAAUAAAGUGCUACGUACUCGGGAGAUACUCCCACAAACGGAGAAGAAAAACGUGAAUCAAAACCAGCCUGCAUAGCUACUUUUUGGCUACCAUACAGAGGAGUUCUUACGGUUUUUUUAAUUUAGGCUCUAGGACGAGCAAUAUCGUCAUUAUGAGUUGUGCUACUGCUUCAGGGAGUAAGUGAGGAGUAAACACCACGUCGUCGCCGUCAUUUUUGUUAAAAUGGUGUCGGUGAUAAAGUAGCAGCACACCAUCAUCAAUCAUGUCCAUGGAAGUUGGAGGUGAUCUGACCCUGCAAUGGGUCGAAGAGGUGGGAAAUGUUAUCCAUGAAGAGGUCAUAUGUGGCCUAGAGGCAGAGUUAGAUGCUCCAGUGGAAGAAGUAGUAGGAGCCUGUGAAGAAGUCUCAGUGGAAGAAACUGUGGAAACAGUUUCCGAACACCCAGAAUCUUUGCCUGUAACAGAUGCAGAUGCAGAAAUUCUCAUGGUUCCACAAUCAAAUGACAUGGAAUCCAUUUAUAUUGUGCCACAAGAUCAGGGCCACGAUUAUCUUAACAUCGAAGUCACAGAAGAAGUUAUUGCUGAAAGCUGGGCGAGAUCUGGUCCUGAAGAUGGAAUGGAAGUGCCAGACGUCAAAGUUCCCCAUGAUAGUUUGCUGGAGUAUGAUGAUAUGGAAAUCCCCAUACCCUUGUGUGAACAAGAUAUUAGACCUUAUCCAUGUGAUUUUUGUAAUAAAAGAUUCAAGAAAAAAGCUUCUCUCAUGUCACACAUGAUGACACAUUCGACAGAACGUCCCAAAGAUUGUAAUUUGUGUGGUGCUUCAUUUUCAAAAAGAACUGAACUUGCUAAUCACUUGAAAAUCCAUGCUUAUGCACCGUCAGAAAGUAUGAACUAUAAUAUCGGAGAUCCGUUAGGAGGAAAUGAAGACAAUUUCUCUAAAAAUCGCCGUAAAAAAGCCCCGGCUAACACAACAAGGAAACGCAAAGCUCCUGCAAAACAACCCCUUAACGAUGCAAAUAAAUUAGUUAUGAGCAAGUGGACGGAUCAAUUGACUACUAAUGAGCCACAAGUGCAACGGUGGCCAAUCACAGAUGUUACUAAACCCUACGUUUGUCAAAUUUGUGGUCUUAGUUUCGCUAGAGAAAAAGCUUUAGCCUCUCAUGCGCGAGUACAUGGAGGUGACAGUCCGUUUGAGUGCACAUCUUGUAGUGAAAUAUUCUGGGAUUUAAAUAUGUUCAAUGAACACAUGAGGACUAAACACGGCCUUUCUAUUGGCCCAUCAGAACAAGAAGAAAGUGAAAAUAAUUUUACGUAUACUAAUGAAGAGGGAAUGGGUGAUUAUACUUGUGAAACGUGCGGCAUUCCUUUCCACAGACUAGAACUUUUGAAGCGUCACAGAAAAACGCAUAUAAAACAAGAAAUUGAUGCUAUAGAAAGUUCUAGUCCACUGCAUGUGUGUAAUGUAUGUGGUGAAUGGUUUGAGGAAGCAUUAGCCUUACUGGCCCAUGCCGAAUCACAUGCCAGCAGAUCUCCUAGUCGUAGGUGUCUUAUGUGUGGUAGUAAGUGUAGAGAUGAUGCAGACCUUGCAGAACACAUUCGGGAAAAUCAUGCUAGCACCGCCCCACCAAAUACAUGUUUGCAGUGUGGUAAAACAUGCAAGGAUAAACGGAGUUUAUUGAAACAUUCGUGGAUGCACAAUAAUGAUAAGACAUUCAGCUGUACAAAAUGUGGAAAGCGUUUCCACAGCAAAGCCAGAUUGAGAAGACAUAUGAUGUCCCAUCGUAAUAAAAUGGUGGCAUGCGAUGAGUGUGGUGAAGAGUUCCCAGACGGCAGAGCAUUGGUCAGUCACCGUCACUCUCACAACAAAGACUUGGGUGGCCGUACCUUCCCGUGCCGUGAGUGCGGCAAAACAUUUGGCAGUCGCAGUUCGCAGCAGAUACACAUCCGCAUACACACGGGUGAAAGACCGUACGCCUGUCGCUUCUGUUGGAAAGCUUUUGCUGAUGGGGGUACCCUGAGAAAGCACGAAAGGAUACACACUGGUGAAAAGCCUUACGGCUGCACCAUUUGCCCCCGUGCUUUCAAUCAAAGAGUUGUAUUGCGUGAGCACGUAAGGGCUCAUCAUUCAGGUCCUGAUCCAAAAUGUCACAACAGCUUGAAUCCUUACGUAUGUAAAGUAUGUAACAAGGCGAUGCCUACUUCAGAAGAACUUGUAGCCCAUAUAGUCGCUCAUUGCGAUGAAAAUACGGCUUUGCGUCGUCAACCUCAAUCGGGACCCCGCAAGUACAAACGCCGACGCAAAUUGAAACAGGAUGUGGAUACAUUCGGGUCUCGCAUGAACGAGUCUUAUGAUUUACUUGACGGACCUUCAGAUUCCGAUGAAAACUCUAAACGUAAGGUCGCUAAGAAAACCAAGCAGCGAGCCAAUGUUGCGGAAGGCUAUGAAAAUAUUUUAAAGAGCUUUGAAAGUUCUAUGCAAAACAUCGACUCGAUUGUUAAUAAUUCCAAGACGUUUCCUACGAAAACGAAAACUCCGAAGAGGAGGACUAAAAAAGAUGACAAGAAAAAUGCUGCAGGUGCGAGUAGCGCCAGUGAUACGCCGUCGUCCAGUCAAACUGGCAGACCAAAGAUGAUCCAUACGCAAAAAACGCGAGUUCCUGUGGCAUUGGGCAUGGAAGGCGCAAAACGCGGUCAGAAGACAAAAACUAUGGUGACAAGAACACCCAAGGUCAUGCCUAAUGAACAACACCAGCCUCCUCAAAUAGUGCACAAGCCAAAUCUUUUGCCACCUGUCGCCAGUGAGAGAAAUCGGCCUCGCACGAAAAAUGUCAGCUAUCACAUAGACGGUAGGCAGUCAUUCGCUCCAGCUGUUUUUCCUACGAGUAAACUCAAUGAAGACGAGGCACUAGGCAUUCCAUCCCUAUCUACUGAACCACCGCCAAUGGAGAUGAUCAAUGUAAAAAUUGAGCCAGGCUUGCACAAGUUUAAUAUCAAUCAGAACCACAUCACCAAUAACAAUGGAAAUAUUGUUAAUUUUGAGCCAAAGCACAAACCUAAUAAAGCUGCUCCGAAGCGUCGUGCACCUACCAAAAGAUCGACAAAAGCACGAAAACAGACGGCCGCAGCAAGGAAAGCGAAAGGAAAACAGCAAACAGCAAUGCUUGCACUUCCAAAUAAUAAUACCGUGCUAUUCACAACAGAGCAGCAUCAGCAACAGCAACAACAACAAAUGCAACAACAAAUUCAGCAACAGCAGCAACAAAUUCAACAUGUACAGUCGGAGUUUGUGCAGCCUACUCAACUCUUUGAGUCUGUCACUGAUGGUAAUAAUCUUGAAGUUGCUUAUGAGGCAAACGUCAUUACCGAACAAGAAGAGAUGAUGCAUGAGUCCAUACUCCCGGAUCUUGAAAAGGUCAAUAACGUUGAAGAUAUUCGGCCGAAUAACAACAGUGUCAAACUUAAUGUAAAGGUCGAGUCGACGCAUGAUAGUAUGCUUGACAUGCACAAUCUCAUGGGCUCGGUUGAGGAGACAGUGCCCGAGACUAUAAUUCCCGACACUGUCGAGUAUACCUGCGAGAUGUGUGCUCUCGUUUUUGAGACUCGUAACGAGUUACUGUUACACGUACCCGUACAUAUUUGA